GAGCUGCAGACUUUAACGUUCCGGCUCGGCUCGGACAGCGCUAGCGAUCUGCUUUCUUUUGUACCCCCCAACCCCCACCGUCCUGUGCAACCAUGGAGUUGGUUUGGUUGGUGUUUCUAGUGAUUGUCUUUUAUGUUGCAUUUCUUUACCGCUUCACUGGCGCUUCAACAAAGGCUGUGAUUCGGGAGAAGGGGAAAGCGGACUGCCCGCUCCAUUAUGGGCUGAAGGACAUGCCAGCAAUACGUCUGUCUGGCCUUUCAUUGAAAAUAAUGGCACAUCUAUCAAACACAAUCUUUGGACAGCUGAUUUUAAUUCCACUGAUCAUGAGGAUGACUAAUCUUACCUUGUUGCGGCACCUAGUUAUUCCAGAAGACCCAGUGUUUAUUCCUGUUGUUGUUCCUGAUGGAAACAGUGAACCACCAAGAGAUAGGACAAGUGACAGCAUUCUAAAUGAAGUCGUACAAUUGAGUAUGACUGAAGAAAGGCCUGGAUUUAACUUCAACACCAUCUCUGAUUUUCUGGAAGGAUACAAGUCAGGUAAGAUUACUCCAACCCAAGUUGCUACGAAUGUAAUAAACGCUCUAGAAGAUGCUGAUGAAGCAGUUAUCCCAUUGCGUGCUAUUGUGCAAUACGAGGCUCACCUAAUAAUGAAGAUGGCAGAAGCCUCCACUGCUCGAUAUCAAGCUAAUGAGCCUCUGUCCCCACUGGAUGGAAUUCCUGUCUGCUUGAAGGAGGAAAUAAAAGUAGUUCCAUUUCAUCAUCGGGUGGGAACUCUUUAUCUUGGUGAAGAGCAAGAAACUGAGGAUGCCACAAUUACAAGAAAGUUGCGGGAGUCUGGAGCGAUUAUUAUUGGUGUAUCCAACAUGCAUGAGCUUGGGUUAGGUGUAACUGGCUGCAACGUCAACAGAUAUCAUGGUGUUCCCAGAAAUCCUUACAACCCUCACUGCUUUACAGGAGGGAGCUCCAGUGGUUCAGGGGCAGCUGUAGCAGCUGGUCUUUGCCCAUUGGCGAUUGGGAGUGACGGAGGAGGUUCAGUAAGAAUUCCAGCAUCAUUCUGUGGUGUGGUAGGACUGAAAGUUACAUUUGGUCGAAUCAGCAGCAUUGGGUCCUAUCCUCUUUCCUACUCUACUGUUAGUUUAGGUCCAAUUUGUACCUCUGUAAAAGAUGCAGCUAUAUCUUAUGCAAUUCUGGCAGGUCCAGAUCCCGAUUAUCCAUAUGGUCUGCAACAGCCUGUAGUAAACUUCAACAACAUAGGAAGUCCUGAUCUGAAGAACAUAAAAAUUGGGAUAGAUUGGAAGUUCUUCAAGGAUUGUGACCCUGAAGUUUUGAGUGUUUGUCAGGAAGCGGUGCAGUACCUAAAAGGUUUUGGUGCAACACUGGUAGACGUACACAUCCCAGAACUGGAGGAGAUAAGAGUUUCUCACACUGUUUGCAUUCUGAGUGAGAUACGGCAGGCCUUGCACGUGGAUUUUAAUACUCAGUACAACAAGAUGAAUCUGGACACCCGAGCAACUCUAGCUGUUGCUUCUAAUUUCUCUGUGCUGGAUUAUAUACAGGCUAAUCGACAGCGAUCACGGACCAUGCAGUUCCUAAAAGAAAUCUUUAAUGAUGUGCAAUGCAUCGUCACACCAGCUAUACCCUGUACUGCUCUACCUGCUGAACCUUCUGACUUCGUCACAGGGUGCAGUGAUUUUCAUACCUUGUUCCACACAAUAAGAUAUAUGCAGCUUGCGAAUUUGACAGGAAUUCCUUCUCUUGUAGUCCCUGUUGGUUACAGCUCCUCCAGACUACCCAUAAACCUUCAGAUUAUGGGUAAAUGGUGGGAUGAAGCAAUUCUUUUCCGAGUUGGAAUGAAGGUGGAACAAUUCCGAACUGAAACCAAGAAACCUCAGAUUUAUUAUGAUCUUCUGCAGUGAUGCAUUAAGUUGUCCCUAGCUGUGCAACUGUAUAUUCGUCCUUGUACGUUUCUCUCUGUUGUACUACUUGUCUGCCUCCCUGCUGGGAGAACAACUUUCGUCUCUUUUUCUCUUUCCUUUUACAGAUUACCUCCAGGCUCCUGGCUAUUGAGAAAAAUGCAAAAUUAAGAUAGGUAUAUUUACAUGUGCAUAAUAGAUGAUCUAAUGCAAAUCGUGGAGUGUAAUAUUUUAAAGGAACUGAGAGUAGGUGCAUGUUUUAAAAGAAUCAAAUUAAUGAUUUCCAGGAGGAAUUUAAUUCUAAAUUAGAAUCUCCGUAAUUAAAUAUCAACAGGCACAGAGGUUCAAUACAUUAAUUCAAUUUUUGAUGAUGGUCAUUGAGUAGCUUAAUCAUUAAAUUAACAAUCGCACUGAACUACCAAUGGCUUUCUAAACCUGUAUGUGUAGCAUAUGGAUCGCAUUCAAAUACACAAUUCUGGAUUUCGAUUGUAGAUGAAUGCUUCUGCUUUAAGUUGGAAGUUAUUGCAAAGUUGAAACUUAGUACAUUAAAGAAAUGAAAUGUGGUAAAUCUGAAACAAUAACAGAAAGUGGGUCAGUCAGCAUCUGAGGAAGCACACACAUUUACGUUUUGGCUGCAGAAAGGUCUUUAUCUUAAGUAUGAAACUUUCUUUCCAGAUGAAGUUAACUUGGAAAUGACCAGGAGUUUUCAGGACUGUGCAACAAACUAAAAAAACUAAUUUUUGUCCAACUUCUUAGAAUUCUGUCACAACGAAUGGCUAACCGCCAUCAGGUAGAAAAUCCAUUUGCUGUUUGUGUUAGUCUUGGGUAACCCGGCUUCCAAUGUUGAAACGCACUAAUGUGUCUAAUAGUUUUGUCAACUUGAUGCUGCUAAGCCACUGGGAGUUUGAUUUUUGCCUGUCAGGGGGAGAAACUAUUAGAGUGUUCUAACCCCAAAGGUGAGAUUUAAAUUCAUAAUAGGUUGCAUAGAUAUUAUAAAUAUUCAAACAGGAAAUGGAAUUUUGCAACCAAUAUCAAAGCUUUCUGGCAAGCUAUUUCAGUUUAAUUGUUAAAACAUUGAAUUGCAUGUCUUCCUUCAUUGUCUUGCAUUUUAAAUGGUAUAACACUGAUACUUUCAAUUGAGUUGUUAAGGUCAUUUGAAGUACAUUUCCUCAAACUUUUACUUUUGAUGGGGGUGAAAGGUAUGUUAUCUGUCUGAUUGUCAAUUACACACAUUGCCCAGUUUUUCUUUCCAUUGGUUUUAAAAGGAAGAAAAAUCAAAUGAGGCAUCUAACAGGUAAUCAAUUUGUUAUCAAUCAUUCUACACUCACGCUAAAAUUGAAAACUCCAGUGUGUUAUCGAACAUUGAAGAUAAGUAAUUUUUUAUUACAUAUUUGAUUAAAUAGAGAAUCUUUUAUUGUAAUACUUGUUGAUUUUUUUUAACUGUUACAGUUGUACCAACUACUUGAUUGCACUGCACAUAAGAAUCUUUUCAAUUGAAUAAAUCAUCCAAUGGAGUAUUUCAAAUGAAUGUGAUGCAUUCCAUUAGCGUUUUGUAUAUAUUCACCAUCUGUAACUUUGAAAUAUUUUAAUUUUAAUAAAAGAUCUUUUCAACAUCA